AUCAUCAUCCCUUGUAUUAGAAUUCUAGCCUUAAACGACCGAAAACCAAAGCAAAAGUAGUCAAGAUGGUCAAAGCCGUUGCUGUCGUUCGUGGUGACUCUAAGGUCACUGGAACCGUCACCUUUGAGCAGGCCUCCGAGUCUUCCCCUACCACUAUCUCGUGGGACGUUACCGGCCACGACCCCAACGCCAAACGUGGCUUCCACAUCCACACCUUCGGUGACAACACCAACGGUUGCACGUCUGCAGGCCCUCACUUCAACCCCCACAACAAGACUCAUGGCGAUCGAACCGACGAGACUCGUCACGUUGGUGACCUGGGCAACGUUGUGACUGACGCUCAAGGCAACGCCAAGGGCUCUAUCGAGGACUCGCUUGUGAAGCUGAUCGGCCCCGAGAGCAUCAUUGGCCGAACUGUCGUAUUCCACGGCGGCACUGAUGACCUCGGCAAGGGAGGUAACGAGGAGUCACUUAAGACUGGCAACGCUGGUCCCCGACCCGCUUGCGGUGUUAUUGGCAUCUCGAACUAAACAUGUCCCAAGUGGUAUGAAACCUAGUGACGAAAUUCAGUAUAAUUGAAUGAGUUUGAAUGAUAUAUAGUCGAUCAUAGGUUUUAUAAAAAAGAAAUACAAUCUUUAGCAAUUGGAAAUGAAAAUUUAAGCCAUCGACAUAGAUUUUUCUAUGCAAAUCUAAACCCUCAACUAGCUGCGGACUUGCAAUAGUAACUUCGAUCACCUUGAUUGCGUACACGUAUAAAUGUAGAUCGUGUACCUAAGCUACUGAAGUACCUAAGCUGGUGUUUUCGUUUGUGUUUGCUACCCCUCCAAGGUACCCUUGACUGCCAUGGUACAAUACGAUACCUAAGAUAGCUUGGUACUAUUUAGGGAAUAAUGAACUAGUUGAACCC